UGGAACACAAUCCUUAUAGUUGAAAUUUAUUUGAGACAAUGGAUCAGGUAUAUAAGCUUUACGAUCGUCAAGCAUCAUCACAGAUUUGUAUAAAAGAUUAUUUUCAUCAAUACAGUGAAUUAAUUAAGUCAUCUAUGUGUUAUGAAAUUGACAAACAAAGUGAAGAAAAGAUUUUUCAACUUAUGGGUACCGAUCUCUCACAAGCGAGAAUACUUUUAAUGAAACAUUAUUGCAGUAUCGAUAAUUUAACAUUACCAGUGGAAGCUGCCAUUAUGGAAGAACAGGAAAAACAAGGAUAUGUUAAUAUACCUAAAAGAAUUUUAGAUAAUGUUUCAUUAGAAACAAUUAAAGUAUUAGAAAUCUUAUCUAAACAAGCUUCAGUAAAACCUAGAAAUCAAAAUGGCAUUCCUAUUAAAUAUGACAAGUCAAAAUCUGUUGGUGAUAAUUCUUUAAAGCCAUAUGAAGAAUUUCUAGUUUAUAUCAGGAUAUAUGAGCCAUUUAAAAGCCAACCUCGUUCUCUUAAAUAUAGAACAAGUAUACCUGUUCUUAAACUUAAGAGUGUCAUAUCGAUAUUGGGAAGCCAAACUCUUUAUGAAUUACGUCAAAAGAUAAUGUGUCAAUCUGACUUGUCAAUUACAAAAGAAAUUAGUGAAAAUUCAAAUCAAAGGCCUGAAUCGAUGGCAAAAGAUGUCUACCAAUCUGGAUUUUUUUAUAUUGAAGAUACAUUUUAUAAUGAUACUAGUUUACUAACUAACAUUGAUUAUAGUAAUAUUAUAUUAGAAUGGGCAGCAGUUCGUGAUAUAGGUCCAUUUAAAGUUGCCACUAUGGAUGCUCUGAUAAAUUCUCUUUAUACAAAGUUUGGUUUUCCAUGGGUAUAUCAGCAUCAAGGUUGUUGCGAACACUUAAUUGUCUUGACUGAUGCCAGGUUGGUAACUGUAGAUGAUGUAUUAACGUCAUCUGCUUAUCCAAGAAUAGAAAAAAUAAGACCUGUUUCUGGAAAAAACUGCAUCUAUUGCGGAAUAUUUAAUGUACAUUGGAUUGUAACAGAACAUGAUAGAAUACCACAUGAUACAAGUUACUUUUGCAAUAGAUGUUUCAUAUCUUAUAACUAUGUCGACGGCAAAAAAGUUGGAAAUUUCAAAGCAUAUAGUUAUCCUUGUAUACCACAAUUAAUGUCGAUAAUAAGAAGACCUAAGAAAUCUUAAACUUUUAUAUAUG